AUGGUUACGUCUGCACUCACACUGGAUGUGGGAGACACGCAAGUGCCUCCCACGUUGCCAGUGGCCAAUCAAGAGACUGGCCACGACAAAGGAGCCACGACCUCGUCCAAGGUCGAUGGCGCACAGCCUGUCUGGGACGGGAACUUAAAGGUCCGUUCCCAAAUAUCUCAUAGUAUGGACGUCGAUGAGGAUGACUGCAUGUCGCAGAAGUCUUCAUCGAGUCAACAAGGCGAAAAACAAGCCAUUCCAGUCACAGGUGGAGAGAACCUUCAAUAUAACAAGCCCUUUACCAUGGUAGAGCUCCUGAGAGCACUGUCGUCAGUAAAGGUGAAGCCAGAGGUCGUCUGGGAAGAAACAGUAUGGAGCAGCCUCGAUCUCGCUCCCGGGGUGUUCCGCAUUCCUCUUAUUACCUACACUCCUCAGGGCCAUCUCCUGGCAUUCAGUGAGGCUCGAAAACGUAAUGCCGGAGACGAUGGGCCAAAGUUCAUCGCCAGUCGCAGGUCAGAAGAUAGAGGGAUGAGCUGGAGUCCGAAUGCAGUCAUUGUCGACGAUGGCCAAGACCCAGACGGCCUCAAUUUGGGAGCUGUGGUCGUGGACGACGAGACCAAGCACAUCUUCCUAAUCUACACACUUUGCGCUCACUACAUCAAAUGUGCCGUCUCGAGCGUCAUGAUGAUCAGUAGCACCGAUGAUGGCUUAACAUGGAGUACACCGCGAAAUCUGUCUACAGAGCUUGGCACCAAAAUGUUCGCAGCAGGCCCCGGUACUGGAAUUCAGAAAAAGUUUGACCCACACAAGGGGCGUCUCAUCGUGUGCGGUCACGGGACUAUGAAAAAAAAUGGCGUCUUCUGCAUUUUGAGUGACGACCAUGGAAAUACCUGGAGAAACGGAGGCAACUUGAACGGAACUCCAUAUGGAAAGCCGAAAAAGGAGGGGGACUUUGUACCAGAUGAGUGCCAGCCGUACGAGCUUCCCAAUGGGACUGUGGUGAUUAAUGUACGGAAUGAGCUCCGCCAUCAGUGCCGCUGCCGGAUUAUCGUUCAUUCAGACGAUGGCUGUGAAUCUAUUCCCAAGGAAAACGUUCGCUUCGAAAGACGUUUGCCAGACCCGUCUGUGGCGGCUGGGGUUUUAUACGACAACGGAAUCACUUAUUUUACCAACCCAGCCAGUCAAUAUCAGACGAUACCUGGAGCAUCUAAACUUCCGGAGGUGCAAGCUCUGCUCUCUCUGGAGCCGAUGCUGAACAAGCGUACCACACUGACCAGUAAUGACCGAUAG